CUGCGUGUAGGCACUGGCUAUUGUGCAGAGCAUACGGCGCUAUUUUUGCUUUGCCUGCAGCAGCCUCCAUGUGAGAGAUACAGUCAAACCAAGGCCUGUUGUGGGUUAACUCGUGAGAGGCGGCGAUUGGAUACUUGCGUUCCAUCUUAUGUUGUGGUUGGCUGAAAUGUGCUCUGUGCAGCUGUGGAUUGGACGCAGUUUAUGUCUGUCAGGACUGGCGCCUCAUUGAUUCUCAUGCGCGCCAAUUACUUGCUGGUCCCGCCUUCCUCUCGUUACUGAUUGGUUGAGGUGGUUUAAUAGCAGUCGCUAUUGUAGUAUGUUGUUCCUGUCGGUGCCGCUAUAGUCCGUCGUUGGAUUGGUUUGUGCGAUCACUGCAAGGUUUUCUAUAGGCUGCCGAUAAUUAAGGGCGUGGUAUAAACAAAGGAAGUAAGGAAGCAGUGUUGGAAAGCAUGGAAACCUAAUUGAGAGGAAUGCUGGAAGCAGUUCGGAUGGGACAGAAGAUUCAGAUUUCUCUACAGAUAUGGAACACACAGACAGCUCAGAGAGUGAUGGGAACUCCCGGGGUCCAGCUAGAGUCACUCGAUCCACUGCAAGACUGAGUCAGAGCUCUCAGGAUUCCAGCCCAGUCGGCAAUCUGCAAUCGUUUGGUGCAGAGGAGCCGGUCUACUCCACUCGGAGGGUGACCCGCAGCCAGCAGCAGCCCACCCCCGUGACUCCGAAAAAGUACCCACUCCGACAGACCCGUUCAUCGGGAUCAGAAACUGAGCAGGCGGUGGACUUUUGUGACAGAGACCCUAAAAACGCAGGGUAUCACGACGAGUCACCGCCUCGCACUCCAACUGGAAAUGCACCGUCUUCUGAGUCUGACAUUGAUAUUUCCAGCCCCAACGUGUCUCACGAUGAGAGCAUUGCCAAGGACAUGUCCCUCAAGGACUCUGGAAGUGACCUUUCUCACAGGCCUAAACGAAGGCGCUUUCAUGAGAGCUACAACUUUAACAUGAAGUGCCCCACUCCUGGCUGCAACUCAUUGGGCCACCUGACUGGGAAACAUGAAAGGCAUUUCUCCAUUUCUGGGUGCCCUCUGUACCACAACCUCUCGGCAGACGAGUGCAAGAAUUGUGAUGAAUUUCAGGUAAGAGCACAGAGCCGUGAUAAGCAAGUGGAGGACCGGAUGCUAUCACAUAGACAGGAUGAAAAUAACAGGCAUGCCACAAGACACCAGGCUCCGACAGAACGUCAGUUGCGGUACAAAGAAAAGGUCACCGAGCUGAGAAAAAAACGUAACUCUGGCUUGACUAAGGAGCAGAAAGAGAAGUACAUGGAGCACAGGCAGACCUAUGGAGACACGAGGGAACCUCUCUUAGAAAACUUGACCAGCGAGUAUGACCUGGAGCUGUUUCGAAGGGCUCAAGCCAGAGCGUCAGAUGACCUUGAGAAGCUAAGACUUCAGGGCCAGAUCACAGAAGGAAGCAACAUGAUUAAAACAAUAAUCUUUGGUCGAUAUGAACUAGAUACGUGGUAUCAUUCUCCUUACCCUGAGGAGUAUGCCCGCCUGGGGCGACUGUAUAUGUGUGAAUUCUGUCUCAAGUAUAUGAAGAGCCAGACGAUCCUUCGCAGACACAUGGCUAAAUGUGUUUGGAAGCAUCCACCAGGGGAUGAGAUUUAUCGUAAAGGCUCCAUCUCCGUCUUUGAAGUAGACGGAAAAAAGAAUAAGAUAUAUUGCCAGAAUCUGUGCCUUCUUGCAAAACUUUUCCUGGACCAUAAAACACUAUACUACGAUGUGGAACCAUUCCUCUUCUAUGUCAUGACCGAGGGAGACAACACUGGCUGUCACCUUAUUGGCUACUUUUCCAAGGAGAAGAACUCCUUCCUCAACUACAAUGUGUCUUGUAUCCUGACAAUGCCACAGUACAUGAGACAGGGUUAUGGCAAGAUGCUGAUAGACUUUAGUUACUUGCUGUCUAAGGUGGAAGACAAAGUGGGUUCACCGGAGCGGCCUCUCUCUGACCUUGGUCUCAUCAGCUACCGCAGCUACUGGAAAGAAGUUCUGCUCCGCUACUUGCACAAUUUUCAAGGCAAAGAGAUUUCCAUCAAAGAGAUAAGCCAGGAGACCGCAGUGAAUCCAGUGGAUAUAGUUAGCACCUUGCAGGCCCUACAGAUGCUCAAGUACUGGAAGGGGAAACACUUGGUGUUAAAGAGACAGGAUCUGAUUGAUGAAUGGGCAUCCAAAGACGCAAAGAGAACCAACAGCAAUAAAACAAUGGACCCUAGCUGUCUAAAAUGGACACCUCCUAAAGGAACUUAAACCUAAUGUUGCCAUGACUCUCAUUUAUUACCAUUCUCCCAUCUGUUCGUUAUGCACACUUUCUAUCUUGGGAUGGAAGCUCCAGCUUUCUCCCGCUUGCUGCAUUAUAAGCAUUUGUGUGUCACGUAGGGCAUUGUUCUGUAAUUUCCCUGGAAAGUUACACCCGCUCGCUCUGCUUAUCAUCCUGGUAAUUUGCUCCACAUUGGAUGCCUUCCACUUCUCCUUAACUCCAGCAUCACCCCAGUGGGUUCCACGCCACAGUCAAGCUGGCAUAGCAACAAGCUUAGUUUACAUCUCUGCCUUCCUGAAUGCCCACGGUAACUGCUCUGUUUGUCACUUGUUGUUUUAAAGGGAUUCUGUCAUGCUUUUAAGGGUAGUUAUUUAUAAAUUGAAACAAUGUUCAUUGCAAAUAAUGAAUUAUACCAUUUAAAAUCUAUUUUUUUUUUUUAGUUGUAAUAAUGGUGUGUAGGCAGCCAUCUCAGACCAUUUUGCCCGAUCCUGUACUUUCAGAAACAGUCACAGCACAACAGAAUUUAUUUUGAGGCGCCUGUUUCUCCCUAUUCACUGUGCUUUCCCAAAGCUGCUAAAGGACUUGGCUUGUCUCCUAUUUCUCCUGCUUGGGAGCUAUUCUCAUAUCUACCACCAUGUGGAACAUGGGAACAUUUUUAGGAAUUUUUUAAAACUAUUUUGAUCUAUAAAAUUAUGAAAUAUUCUCCAUGCUUUUGGAAAAGUAAUAGGGGUCUACAGUGCCAGGAACCAUUGCUUUUCACUGUAUAGAAUGUAUCUGGGUUUUUAUUACUCUAUGCCUCUCACUAUGUAAUGUAUUUAGGAUCUGGAUUAGUUGUUGGCAGUCAAUGUAGCAUUAUUUACACGUGUGUAUGUAACCUCCAUGUCUGCCAUCACGUUAAAGUGAAUGGUGGGCAGUAUGGGCAAUUUUGCCCAUUUCCCCAUAGUAGGGUUUCUCCACUAGCAGUCCUAUUCACCCCAACCAGGGCAGUAACAGCAGCAAAGAGACAUGAGUUUUUCCCUUGGUACUUGCCCAUUGGUCUGUUUAUAGGUUGGGGGGGAAUGGGAGGGGAGGUGGCAUCACUCCAACUCUCAGUGCAGCAGUAAAGAGAGACUGAACUUUGAGAGCACAAGUCACAUGCCUGAGGGCACUUAGGAAAGUAAGAUAACGUCUCACGUCAGAUUUCAAAAUGAAAUAUACAAAAAUCUGUAGAUGAUUCUCCUGGAGGAGCACUAUGAACUGAUGCGUUUUGAAGAACCACAUUUUCCCAUGACAGAAUCCCUUUAAAUGUCUGUUUGGGCCACUCUUUAGGUUAACCCUUUUACUUCCGGAUAGUAAAUGCACAAAUGCUUCUGGUUGUGAGAGUA